AUGGUCUCCAAAAUUCUAUGCGUUGCAGAGAAACCUGCAAUCGCUAAGUUAGUAGCCCAGCAUCUAUCUGGUGGACGCAUAAGGACUUCUGGAAUUGAAGGCAAUCAAUAUGUCAAAAACUACGAAUUUGAUUUCACAUUCGGGCCCCCGUGGGGUAGCUGCUCCGUUGUUAUGACCAGUGUCCUAGGACAUUUAACAGCUUCGGACUUUGAACCUAGAUAUAGAAACUGGAAUUCUUGCAACCCCUCUCAACUCUUUGCCGCGAAUGUUAUAAUUGCAGUUGAUAAAGAAAAAGUCGGCAUAGCUCGGAAUAUCAAGAGACAAGCCAGAGAUUCCAGAGCUCUCUUUAUAUGGACUGACUGUGAUAGAGAAGGAGAGCACAUAGGCUCUGAAGUCCGAGACCAGGCUGUGCUUGGUAACCCAAGCAUUGAAAUCAAAAGGGCAAGAUUCAGCAAUACCGAACGAACGCAUGUGUUAGAAGCUGCUCGGAGGCCAAUUGGGCUUGAUGAACGCCAAGUGGAUGCUGUGGCUGCUAGAAUUGAGCUAGAUCUGCGCAUCGGAGCAGCUUUCACGAGACUUCAAACGCUUCAGCUUCAGACACUGGGAGGUGCAUUGGCUGAAAAGAUAAUCAGCUACGGGUCAUGUCAGUUUCCAACUCUGGGAUUCGUUGUGGAUAGGUAUAUGAGAGUUAAGAAUUUCAAACCAGAGGCCUUUUGGUCCAUCAAAGUUUCACAUACCCGUGAUGGUAUUACAGUGAACUUCAAUUGGCAACGUGGGCAUCUUUUUGACCGAGCCGCAGUGGUAGUCCUCUUUGAGCGAUGCCUGGCAGCCAAAACAGCCACUGUUACUAAAGUUAACAAAAAACCGACCAGCAAAUGGAGACCACUUCCUUUAACUACCGUUGACCUCCAAAUGAUGGGAAGUAAAUACUUGAGAAUUGAUAGUCAAGCAAUUAUGAAGGCCGCCGAAACCCUCUAUACAAAGGGGUUUAUUAGUUAUCCUCGUACCGAAACCGACCAGUUUGAUAACGAGAUUGACUUGAAAAAACUUGUCGAGAAACAAUACCCAAGUGAAGCAUGGGGCGAAUACGCAAGAGGGCUUAUAGGUGGUGGUUUCAAACAACCUCGUCGGGGUCGAAACAAUGAUAAAGCUCAUCCACCAAUUCACCCAGUGGCCUAUGUUUCUCCAACAGUGCUCAGUGCCAAUGAGAAAAAAGUAUAUGAGUUCGUAACCCGGAGAUUUUUAGCCUGCUGCUCUGAGGAUGCGAAAGGCGAGUCGACCGACAUUGAAAUCCAAUAUGGGGAUGAAGAGUUUCAUACUCGGGGCCUUGUCGUCUUAGAACGAAACUAUCUAGAUGUCUAUGUGUAUGACAAAUGGGAGAGCAGCCAACCGCUACCGAAUUUUGCUCUGAAUGAAUCCUUUGAGCCAAAAGAAGCGAAUAUUACAGAAGGGAAAACGGUUGCCCCCGGAUAUCUUACCGAGCCAGAACUCAUUGGGCUCAUGGAUGCGAAUGGAAUUGGUACCGACGCUACUAUGGCUGAGCAUAUAUCAAAAAUCAAGGCGAGAGAGUAUGUUGCAACUCGGCCUCGCGGUGGUGGCAGAGGAUCUGGUGGAAGGGUAGAUGAAUUUAUCCCUACGAAGCUUGGGGUUGCUCUUGUUGAAGGAUAUGACAAUGUGGUUGCUGGCUUGCCUGAUUGUCCUAGCCUCACGAAGCCAUUCCUUCGAAAAGAAAUGGAACUGCGAAUGGGAGAUAUAUGUUCUGGGACCAAGACGAAAGCGGAGGUAGUGAGACAGAAUGUUGAUAUGUACAGCGAAGUAUUCACCCACACGCAACGGCGCAUUGAAUUGCUUAAGGUGGCAUGUAGGAAGUAUGUGUUUGAUUCUGAAAACUAG